GCGCGCUCCGUUCGCAGUACGAUCGUACGAUUUACUGACGAACCGGAACGGUACGUCGUGCUUGGACAGUCUGGCCAACUAGCGACACCGCUUCCUACAUAGUUCUUCGUGUUGAAAAAAAAAAAAUACAAAUCGACAUUUUUACCCUCCCGAACGUUCAAUUAAAUCAAACGAAGCUUUUUUAUUUCGUACCUUCCGGAACGCUCGUUUUUAUGGAUGACGGAAGACGUCGCGAUCUAUAAUCUUCCGGAUCACGCGCUCGAUCUCGAAGUACCGCGCGCGCGGUACUUCCUGAGCGAUGUAUCUACCCCCUUCUCCCAUUUUCUCCCGCCCACCAGUUCACCCAUAUCCCACCAGAUGUCGCAAGCCUACAUGCGCUGCAGUACACUCGUUUGCGAACGCUCCAGCGCAGUUUCGCGGGUACUCCAUUUUUUGCUAACCUAAAUGCCCUCCUAGAACUCGCUGCUUUAACCCUAUUUAUUCAAGAAAUGACGUAUAAGCGAAGGAAAAAUGUCAGGGGCGAUGGGCAUCUGAAAAAAAGUUGGAGAACGAAGAGACGCACGAAGGAUCUCGACGAGAUCGACGAAGAUAUUAAAGACGAAAACGCAAAGAAACUUUUGAAUCAAGAAAUCGAUCUCGACAAACCCGGCGCCGCACAGCAUUACUGCGUUCAUUGCGCUCGCUACUUUAUCAAUGAACGGUCGUUGGACGAUCACUUUCGCACGAAAGUUCACAAACGCAGAUUGAAAGCACUCGAGCUCGAGCCUUACACCAUCGAAGAAUCGGAACGUGCCGCAGGACACGGAAAUUGGCAAGUGGCCAAAAAGCGCAAGAUCGAAACCUUGAAAGCUUCUGAUGUCGAAGGAAUGGAUGCCGACACAGACUGCCUCUCCAAUUCUAAAAUUGUGAGGACAGAAUAGGCUAA